AUGCGUGCAGGCUACUUCUCUCGCAAUUUCACAACCACCAUUGCCAGGCCAAGCAGAUGGUCAACCGGGCCUGCGCCACCUCGCCUUCCCAAAGAAGACCAGGAAAUCUUCGAGAAGCUGCAACAGUCAUCUACUGGUGCUUUCAGCACGCCACGUCAGAUCGAGCCGGUUGCUGAAGCCGCUAAGGUCGAGGUCGUCGACACAGCAGAGACGCAAAUGAACAGCACGAGAUCGCCGGAGACAGAGAAGAUGCUGGAGCAGUUGCGCGAGAAGGCGCGAGUGGUUGCAAAAGGAGAUGGAGAAGAGCUGCAUCCCAAUGUGCGCAGAGGUGCGGCGCCAGAGUUUGAGGGAGAGGUGAACCCUCAAACGGGCGAGGUUGGAGGGCCCAAGAAUGAUCCUCUGCGCUGGCAGGGCGAUUGGAGCUACAAUGGAAGAGUCACCGAUUUUUGA